AGGCAGGAGCAUCCCCAGACACAGGACUUAGCGUUUUAUUGCUGAGGCAAAGAGAAGAAACACCAAUGUGUGUUCUGCUGUAACAUACUACCAUAAAAAUAUAAUGAACCACUGCCAGAUGCUUUGCCAAACACUUGAGGGAUGAUGCUGAGCACACAUGGGAUGUUAAGCCACUCUGGAGUGAUGCUGGUCCAUGGUGGUGCAGGUCAGGUGUCCAUCCCGGUGGGGAUGGAAAAGUCAGGCCCUGCUCCCAGACCUGUGGGUAAGAGUUUAACCUGGAGAGAGCCAGAGGCUGCUUGCACGGGAAACAGCCCCGUCGGAUCAGUGCUGCAGGAAACAUGUGGGGCCCGCUGGAAAAAGUGCAGAUCCUGCACAUUUUUUUGCUUUUUCUACAGAAACCAAUUUUAGAAGGUUGUGGGGUGUUGGGGGAUUUUUUUUUUUUUUUUUUUUGUGUCAGUGUGUGACUCUUAGUACAUGAUCCAUUUUUCCUGGAAAGGCAGCUCGCUACCAGUCAGCAAGAGAGAGAAUGUUUGUGGUGGUCCUUUGGUCUCUGGGAUUGGAUUUCAGAGCACCACCUGGACCCUGAGCAGAAUUCAGCAUAUCCAAGGCUUCCACAGGGAUUCUGCUUGCAUGGUGUGGAGAAAGAAUGAGCUAUUCCAUCAUCAUUUUCCAGGAUAUGUUUUUGGCAUUACAAAGUGUGGGUGGGACUGUUUAAUUCCUCCAUAUCCUUCAGUUUUCUUCCAUAGUGUGUGAAAAUAUGCUGAAAUAUCUGUCUCCUGAGGUAACUUUCAGCUGAGAAUUUGAGAGUCAUAAAGGAACAAUAUUAUUUUUUCUUCCUGUGGGUUAGAUUAAGUGUAUUUCUAUCAGUAGAUCGGUGAAAUGUUGCUGCUUCUUUUAUAUAUUAUUUUUGUCCUCCGUGCUCUGGUUUCCUUGCUCCUUUCUGGUGUGAUUUCUUCCCAGUGUUCAGAGAGUUCUCCAUGUGUGCUUUCCUACAUGCUUUCCUAUGAUACCUGAGCUGAUAUAGCUGGGAACUGCUCCUUUGUUCCCUGUUUGGAAGGUGGCUGUGGACAGCUGUUGGUCUUGGACAGCUUGGAGGGCACAGAAAUGGAGAAAUUAGGGCGGAAAAGGUGAUCGGACUCUCUGGGACUGAGGAGAAAAGCCCAGCCUGUGUGGAGCAAGGAAAAAAAGCAUGGCCUGGCUGGAAUGCAGGAGAGGAAGACACAGAGAUGGGGCAAAGGGAAGAGGAAAAAGUGAACCUGAGUAACAAGAGAUGAUGGUUGCUCUGCAGGAGGGUGGGUGGGUGAGGAGUAGUGUCCAGAAGUGUGGGAGGAGGUGCACAAAGAGAAGGACACCAGAGCUCAGCCAGGGCUUGUGAGCCAGAGAUAAGCAGCAGCAGGUUAAUCUGCAGGGCAGUGUCUGUGUCUGAGCAGGAUAGAAAACUGCCACAUGGGGAAGGCUUGGACACGCUGUCCCUGCUUUCACAUGGAGGGAGAUUCCAUGGGGAGAGUUCAGUGAGGAAGAGGAGAAAUGUAAACACCACAGUGACAGCAGUACCCUGCAUGCAGGCAUUCAAAUUAUGUUUUCCAUUCCUAAAACUUCUCCAGCAUCUGUGGUAAUCUGGGAGUUGACAGAGCCCUACCGAGCACUGGGGUGCAGUGUACCAGGUGACUCUUCUGGUUUCUUCUUUCUAGGACAUCUCUGAUUGCUGGCCCCUGAAACUAAAAAAUAGGGCUUUGACACAGCUUGGGGACAAUACACGGGUUUAGACAGCUCUGUGGGGGAUUUCAGUGGGAAAUAGGUGGGAAAAUAGGCUAAAAAAUUGUUAAGAAUAGAUCAUCUUUUCCUUCUGAAGCAGGUUCAGGGGGUAGAGGACGUCUGGGUUGGCAGCAGAGAAGAUUGGGGUCUUUAUAUUUGGAAUGGGAAAGCUGUGUUUCUUUUUUUUUGCUACUUCAGUAGGGAAGUCUGACCUUAGGUCUACUGGGUGUAUCCUGGAAUCCUAAAAAUCCUUUUGCAGGGUGUUUCUCUUGAGCAGCAGGUGAGAAUGGGAUCCCUGGAGGAGCUGUCCUUAGUUCUCCUGCCUUACCCUGAGUUAAUAAGGACAUCCUGCCAAAACGCCAGGUCAAUUUUGAGGAAGAGAGCCAGAAUCCACCCGCUGUGGGACACUGGAAGCCCCUGAUGCCAUCCAAAGGCAACAAGGAGGAGCCAGAGAGUGGAUGCCAGGAUGCUGGAGGUGUGCAUGAGCCCCAGUCCACGGAGCAGCUCAAUGUGUCCCGGCUGCGCAGCUCCUCGGUGGAGAUCCGGGAAAAGGGCUCUGAGUUCCUGAGAGAUGAGCUGCACAAAGCACAGAAGGAACUGAAGCUGAAGGACAAAGAAUGUGAAAGAUUGUCAAAAGUCAGGGAACAGCUGGAGCAGGAACUGGAGGAGUUAACAGCCAGCCUGUUUGAGGAAGCCCACAAGAUGGUGAGAGAAGCCAAUACCAAACAGGCUGCGGCAGAGAAACAGCUCAGGGAGGCCCGGGGCAAGAUUGACAUGCUGCAGGCAGAGGUGACGGCCCUGAAGACGCUGGUGAUCACAUCCACACCGUCCUCCCCGAACCGGGAGCUGCACCCUCAGCUGCAGAGCCCUUCCAAAGCUGGCUUCAGGAAGGGCCACGGGCGGAACAAGAGCACCAGCAGUGCCAUGGUGUCAGCUGCCAGCCAGAGCGCGGCUCCAGAGCCUGUCAACCGGGAAUGCAAAGAGUCUGGUUUCCCUGCUCUCCUCUCCCUGCUCCUUUGCAUCCUCCCUGGGAAGGCUAUCCACAUCACCUAUGAGCCAGGCUGGCAGGCCUUGGGAGCAGAUGCUUCCUCCUCCUCCUCCUCACGGCAGGUCGACUCCAUUUUGUUUGCCGAGUUCCAGGCCUGGAAGGAAUCUCCAACUUUGGACAAAUCCUGCUCCUUCCUGGACAGAAUUUACCAAGAAGAUGUAGGACCUUGUCUGGACUUCACCAAGCAGGAGCUGUCGGAGCUGGUGCGAGUGGCUGUGGAGCAGAACACCCUCACCAUCGAGCCAGUGGCUUCCCACACUGUCCCUGUGGGGAAGGCAGCAGCAGAAGAAUGUGGUGGCCCCAAGAAAUGUGCUCUGAGUGGCCUCCCCAGGACCUGCAAGCACCGGAUCAUGCUGGGGGAUUCUGGGAAUUACUACUACAUUUCUCCUUCCUGCAGGGCCAGGAUCACAGCAGUGUGCAACUUCUUCACCUACAUCCGCUACAUCCAGCAAGGCCUGGUGAGGCAGGAUGUGGAGCUGAUGUACUGGGAGGUCAUGCGGCUCCGGAGGGAGAUGUCUCUGGCCAAACUUGGAUUUUAUCCCAGCGAGAUGUAAGCAGAGCCCUGAGUGUGGAAGGAAACUGCUCCUGGAGGAAGGGCUUGGAAUGUGAAGCCUGUCCUGCUCCCUCUCACCUUCCCUCUGCCUAGAGCAAGGAGCAAGAGGCACAAGUUCCACCUUCAGCUGUCCCACUCCUCCAAGUGUGGCUGGAAUGCAGCUACCACACUGCCCCUGGAGCUGGGCUGGCCCUGGCUGCUCUGGGAUGGCCAUCCAUAGACUGGAGUGUCCUAUAUGCAGUGUAUAUCCAUUUUUUAAAAAUUUUUGUUUUUAUAUGCAAUCUGCUUUGGCAUAACCCAAGGCCAGGCCUGUGCAGGGUGGGAAUUCUGAACCUUCCUAGUGAGCCAGUCUGUCAGAACAGAUGCUGGCUGUCUGUUCCACUUGUUUUUUUGGGAUGGAGGGUGCUGUCCCUGAGGUCCUGCUGACCACAGCAGCCCUGAAAAUGCCAGCAGAGCACAAUAAUCUUGAACAGUUUGUUUCCAAGUACUUCCUUGUUCCUUUUCAAGGAGCCUGCAAGAGAAGCUUGUUGCCAGCGGAGUCACAAAGAGGGAUUUGUUCCUGUUUUUAGCUGGAUGUUUGGCACUGGGUGAUGCAGGCUGGGGAAUGGCUAGAGCUGUGCACCUGGGGCCUCCAGCAGAGGAAAGGGAGCAGGGAAAUUCCCUAACUCCCAGCUGGCUGCAGGAUUUUUUCUCCUGGACUAGGGAAUCUGCUGCAGUUGUCAGAGGCAGAUGCAGGACCCUGUGACCAGUUCCUGGUGUGAAAUCCCCCAUGAUGCUCCUAAACACAAACCUCGCCCACAAGCAAGCAUUGGAGCUGAUCCUGCUCUUGAGGGAGCUUUGGGCAGUCCUGUUCCCACCCUUCAGGCAGAGCCCAUGUUCCCAGGUUUGUGUCUCCAGGAGGAGUGUGCCAAGCUGGGCAGUCCCAAAGCCUGGAGAUUCCUUCCCAGUGUUGCAUCAGACCUGGAGAUGCCUGUCCACUGGGAAUCACAACUUUUCCUGGGCUGCCAUUCCCUGGUGAGGGAAUCUGAAACCUCUUUGUGUGCACAUGAGGGAUGUGGCUGACAUUCCUGCCUGCCCCAAAAUGUGCUGGGAGGGAGGGAUGUCACUGGAGCUGUAGGAAUGCACAAGCUUGACACAUCCUGAACUCAGACCAGGUUUAUUAAAGCCAUGACAGUAUUUUGUAGCUAAUUUAGCCUUUUUUUAAGUGACUCUGGAAUCAGCUCAGCCAUCACCCACUCUGGGGUUUUCACUUCUGACAGGGUUGUCACCCUGUCCCUCUGCCACCCUCAGCAAGCUGGUGCCCAUCCUCAGCUCCAUAAUUCCAUCCUCUCCUGAAGGAUAUUACAGUAGGAACCCAAUUUUCUUCCACUGAGCUGCUGGAUUGCGUCUAGGGGAGAGAGAAAUAACACAGCUUUGGUUUCCCCAGCUGUGGAUUUCAGCUCAGGUGAAUUCCACCCCUGGAAUUUCUCCCUGCAUCUCGUCCCCCUGUCCUUGUGAUCUCCAUGUCUUCCUGUGCCGUGAGCUGCCACACUGCACAAACAUUGCAGCACUGGGAAUGAGAUGAUCUCUCUGGGUAGGAGAUGUUUUGUUUUGUGGGAUGUUUUUUCGCCCUCAGUGUCACGUUGAAAAGCACUUUGAGACAGAAGGAACUGGAGCAAUGCCUUGUCUGAGGUUGUCUUGCAUUUCAAACGAAGCAGAGAGAACAAUUUGUGAAGGAAAAUGAAGUCACUCUGUUAGCAGUGGGAUGGUUGCACCCUGCUCUUUCAUAAAGGAAAAUAAACAUUUGCUAUUAACCUCUACAAGCCUCGUUGGAGUUGGAGGGUUGGGGUGCUUGGGGUGCAAGAGAAAAUCCUACAGGAUGAGGUUUGGGAUGCUUUUAUUCAUCAGAGCAGGUACCUGUUCUUCCUGAGGGAAGCUGAGGCUUCUCCUGCUCCGUUGUGUCUCCUUUAAUUUCCCAGCUUGAAGCACUGCACGGGUGCUGGGUAAUUGGAGGAUCUUCUUCCUUCCCCUUUUCCUGAUCCAUCUUCCCCUUCUCUCAGCAGGCAGAGGUUUUGGGGCACCCUGGUUUCACUAAAACCACUUGCUCUCCUCCCUGCUCUGCUCUGCAGAUUAACGUGGAAUAUCUCCUCUUGCCCUGUGCGAGAUGACAAUGGGAGAGCUGUGUACAGAACGCGAUUUAAUUUCAUUUUCAUUUAAAAAGCCACGCAAAAAUCCGGUUGUGCAGCACAGUCAGGCAGCCACGAGAGGGCACAGGCAGCCCAGGCACGGACUCCCUCCCUCCCUCAUUCCCUCCCUGUCUUCCCUGGGAGAAUGGAGCAUCUCCAGGUCCCACCUGCGCCUGACCGUCCCUCCAGCCUCUUGACAGGGAAACAUUCCUGCUGCAGCUUCCCUGCACUGCUGGGAAAGGGAAUUGGGCAGCUGGAGAGUGAAAAGGGAGGAUUUGGAUUUCUGUAAGGGAUGGUCAGGUGAGAGACUGGGAAUGUUUUGCUGUGUCUGGGUCUUUCAAAGUAGUGUCUGCAGGGAUUGCUGUUAGAAAUUUCCCUGUGACACUGGCUCCUAAACUUCUAAGGUAUGAGAAAACAUCAUGUCCUCUGUUGCCAACCUUUUCCACCAGAACUUUUGUGCUGUUUUUCACUUCAUAAAUAAACCAGAGUUUGAGCAGA